AUCCACUGGAAGCUGUGUGUGUUCUGCCUGCUGUGUGAGGCGUACCUCAGGUGGUCGGCGCUCCACGGCUCCGAGCAGAGCAGCGACCCCGCCGACAUCAUCAGGUACACCAAGGAAUGGGAGUUCUACGGCAUGUUUGGAUUGGCGGCGCUCGAGCUGUCGGCGUUCUGCGGCGGCGUGCUGUGGUUCCUGUGGGCGGUGGUGGGUCGCCUGCGGGGCGGGACCCUCGAGCUCAGCCUGCUCCUCAGAGCCCUGCUGCUGUCCUGCUACGGCAAGGUCCUCCUCAUCCCCGCCGUCAUCUGGGAGCACGACUACUCCCCGCUCUGCCUGGGCCUCAUCAAACUGUUUGUGCUCACCUCAAACUCACAGGCUAUCAGAGUGAUCCUGAACAGCAGUAGACGCCUGUCGUUGAUGGCCGUGUGUUUGGGCCUGCUGUCAGAGACCUGCGUGGCUCAGGUCUGUACAAAGCUUCAGUGGAGCGUCCAGGAAGUGCUGACUUUUGACUGAAUGUCUGCCUCAUCAGACUGAGACAGAUGUCAGUUAUCUCAGGGAUGAACAGGUGGUGGUGGAGGCCAACCUGUGUCACAGAGAGGCAGUUUUUAACGACCCCUCUACGCACGGUGUUGGAGAAGGGAAAGGACAUUUUUUUGAAGUCAUGUUCUUAAAGUUUCAGUUCUCAAACAGAGACCGAGAGCAGCAGAAGACACUUUUUUUUUGCAUUUAUAAAGAAAAAGAUCCAUUUUCAUUUGGGUCCGAUGUGGAGGAGGUAGCAGCGGCCCUCCUCUUGUUUUUCAUUUUGGGUUUAAAGUGAACAGUGAGCUCCCAAGUCGAGAUUCCUGUGAGAUUUUUAUUUGGAUUUGAUUACUUUAUUAAGAGAUCCCCAGAGAGGAGCUGCAGCAUGGGAACGUCUCCUGAUCUAAAUUACUCUUAAUUCCCAGGACCACUCUAAUGAAUGACACAAACACAGACCCUGAGGUUGUAACUUGACUAUAACUACUUCUCUGUUUGGACAGGAACCAGCCAACACUCUUCACAUUCUUUCGGCUCAUUGUUUAAACGCUUACUUAAACUCUCGCAUACUCACUCACAUACAGAAACACAGGAGGGGAAACGCCUGACGUAACUGACUUUUCCUAUUUACUGGAACGUUAAGAGCUUGUGUUAAUGGCAUAGAAACAAGUUGUGGUUUGACUUUGUAGAUUAAUCCAAUAAUGGCUAACUAUAAAAUGUCAUAAAAUAGUUAAAAGAAAAUACAUUUUACAGUUUCCCACAGUCCAAAGUUACGUCUUCAGAUUCCUUGUUUUGUCUGAGCAACAGUCCAAAACCCCAAAAUAUGUAAUUUACAAUUAUAUGAAACUGAUAAAAGCAGCAGAUCCUCAUUUAAGUUAAGUUUUCCCACAAUAUUGUUUACUUUUGUCAUCAUGUGGCAUUUAAACUCACCAUUGCAACAAAAACUAAUGGUGGUCAAUUGCAAAUGAAGGCAGGGUCCGCCAUUUAUUUUUUUAUUUAUUUGUUGUUGUUUAAAACCCUGAUUUAGACCAACGGUGGUUAAAAUGUGAUUUAGCCACUACAAUAAAGGCUUUUCUUAAUAUUUC